AUGUCCUUCUGGCAGUUCGUUCUGUUUGCGUUACUGUUUGCCAGAUACGAUGCCACUCCGCCGACCCCAGUCAUCAACCUCCACGAAGGCAUCGUCCAGCUGAAUCAGGAGUUCAUGGAGCCCCAAUAUGACAGUAAGUUAGCCUACUGUAGUUAAUAUGUUGGCAGAGAACAUCGUGAAAGGUCAGCCCUACACCCUGGAGAUCUACAUGGGCAACGUGGACGAGUACGACUACAUGGUGGACUAUUGUGUGGCCAACGACAUUCGCUUCAUAGACAACUACGGGUAUGUUUGCUCGCUCGCAGCUGUGUUUUACUGAUUCAUCGUACGAAUGACCAGAGGGAAAUUAGAUAAACGAUAAAACCGAAAAGGAAGGCUUUCAGGUGUUUGCGUCCAGAUAACGUGUUCAGAGAAUUCCGAGAAACCGAGCAGUAUUCUUCUGGGCUUGGCGCUCUCAAACGGACCUUGGUGUACUUCUACCCCCAAGAUGUCUACUUGAACAUACAGUGCCAGAUCACCAUUAUCAGCUGUCGAGGUUGCGCCGAAGUUCGUUUUAAUUUGUUUUAACUUUUUGUAAUAACAGCUUUAAACUUUUCAAUUUACAAACUUAAAGUAAUAUUUUAGCGUUCUUGUAACAAACAUCCCCAAAUACCAUACCCAACGUACACCAUGCCCAUCCAGUGCACGUAUCCCAUCAGUCAGCCGUAUGCUCUACCCCCAACUCUACCUUAUCCAGUAGUACCACCAGCACCACCUGCUCCAUCCCCACCUUUACCAUACCCAGUAGCACCGCCAGGACCACCCCCAAUCCCACCGCGUAGUCCACAACGUUGUACGUGGUGCUUGGCUGGUCUUCCGUGGUGGUUGUGGUUGAUCUUUCUGGUACUACUACUGGUACUACUUUGUCUUUUGUUCCUGCUAUUGUUGUGUUGUUGUAUCAAGAGGCGGAGACAACAGAAGACAGCUCCAGAAUCCGAUACGAAACACGUAUUCACUAUAGAAAAAGGAGUUCAGUCAGGCUACGACGCUACUGGAAGUAAGAACAAACAGAUGGACAGGUUCGGCAGCGUGAGGCUACGAGACGAAAAUCCAGCGAUAAAAUACGACAAAAGAAACCUGAAUAUAGACAAUCAGAGGAGAUACCAUGAAGAAGAACGAGAAGAAGUCAGGCGACGAAGGGAACAGAUUCUGGAGCAGCAACAAACACGACAGCUUCAGGAGCGACGUAACAGUGAAGCACGGCGACAACGGUCACAUCAGGUGACGGGCAGAGACGUUCCAAUACGAAGAGCUGUCCCACCAACAUCAUACGACAAUCACAACUUCGAAGUGUACGAAGAGGAUGGCAUGGAGCAGGUCACUACAGAAUCCCGAGUGUUUUAUGGUAAAUUAUCUGCUUGAAUUGGGAGGUAGACUAAAAUUAUGGUCUUAAAGGGUUUUUUUUAGCAUGGUCAAACAAAAUUUUGUAAAAAAUUUUUUGCUUUUGUGACGAAAUUCCACAAAUUGAUUUUGUUAACAAUCUGUCACAAUUUCGCUCGAAUUGUACAAAAUUGACAAAAUUUAUUCUAAACUUGACACAUGUGCUUGAUUCUAAUGCCCUUUUGUAGAAAACUACCCGGAUCAGAAUCAGGCGACGGAAAUCAGUGCCGAGAGGAGUGGCGGAGGCUCUUAUGCGUCAUCGAAUCCGUCGAUCCAUCUGAGAUUACAGCGAGAGCUACAAGAUAACCAGCGAAUGCGUCAGCGACGCGAGACUUCCGAGGAUUACCGUCAGGAAUCUGAAUCUAUUCAGCCCGUCAGAAGCUACAGACAUCAUCCGAUUCAUCAUUCGCACGAAGCGCUACGCGAAGACACGGUCAGAACGAUGCGACAGUCUUCUGUGAUCUAG